AUGAUGGCCAUCACACUUGUACCUAAAAUCGCACACGACUAUAACCACAACAUGGCGCGACAUAAUCGAGAAGCUAAGAACCCCGUUGGUAUCGCCAUGUUGUCGCCGAUGACAGGCAAGUCAAGACUUAGUGGCCUUCAUAACAUGGGCAGUUUACUCUUGCUUUCUGUUCCUCUAUUGUCUAUUCUUGCCUUUUACAUAGGUUCUCAGCAGUGGCUCCUGCCUGUGCUGCGUUCGUACUUACCCGAGCACCUCCAUGUGUACCUUCCUACGGCUGUGUGGGAAGCUACCAAAGCUUCCAGAUUAGAUGAGAUGCUAAGCUCAGAGGAUCUACUGAAACUAUGUGGCAACCAUCAGUACACGACUGAGAUCAUAUCUCUUGACCCCCUCCUAAUCUACAUCAAUAACUUCACAUCUGUACUUGAAGCUGAGGAGCUCAUCAAGCUCGGCUCUCCCGAAUUCGCCGAAUCCUUCAUCAGCCGUUCAAGAGGUAAUACGCAACGCGUCGUCGGCCGGACCUCUCAAUCUGCACCCCUCCCGAUGGACAAUCCGUUAGUUGUAUGUCUUCUGAACCGCGCGAAAACGUUCAUGGGCUCUAUGCUUCUCCCCUCGGAACCCUUCAGCAUACCACAACUGGUACGCUACUUCCCUAGCCAGAAGUACGACCUACAUACGGACUUCUGGCCUGAACACCAGAUCACUAGUCUCGAAAAUGGGAAGCGGGUAUACUUCAACCGCGUCGCGUCCUUUUUUGUCUUCCUUCGCGACAACUGCACGGAGGGAUAUACAUACUUUCCUCUAGUCGAACCUUCUUCGUCUGUCAGUUUGGAUAGUCUGUACGACGGCAAAGUAGUGCGGGGUGAAAUGGAAGGGGAAGCGAAGGGCAUCAAGUUCAAACCGAUGCAGGGAAACGCAGUGUUUUGGGUUAAUUUGGAUGAGAAUGGAAAGGGCGAUAGGAGGGUGGUGCAUGCUGGGUUACCAGUAGGCGAAGGAGAGAAAAUUGGGCUAAACAUCUGGCCAAGGAAGUAUUUUGGAUACGUGGAUGACAGCGAUGAAGAUGGGGAAGAGGCGGUGGUGGCACGGCAGGGAUGGAGUGGGAAAUGGAAAGACUGA